GACUUUUCCUCUUCCUUUUUCUCCACAGAAAGAAGCCUGAAGACAGAAAGGCGCAAACGAAACACUGGAUUACUUUGGACUUCUGUUGGAGUUGUACACGCACACUCAUUGAAGGAUUCAUGUGAUUGCAAGUUUGUGGACUUAGUCAAAAGUUGAAGGUGGUGGCUGAGGUGAGGCGAGGCGUGUGAAACUAUGUGGCUUCUCUGCUCCUGCCUGGCUCUGCUGGCCCUCAGCUUCAGGUCAUGUGACACGCUGGCGUCAGAACAAGAUGUACAGUGCCCAUCUUUACAAGUGGAUGAAUGGAAGUUUCCUCAUUCAUCUGGGGACAACAUCACAGGUUUCAAUUUGAUAAGGCGGUUCUCCCUACUUAAGAAUCCAGAUGUCAAAAAGAUUCGCAACCCUCGCGGACCCAUCAUCCUCCGCCUUGGCAAGACCCCCCUCCUACGCCCUACUGACGAGGUCUUUCCUGAUGGUCUUCCCGAGGAGUUUACUCUCAUAUUCACCUUGGCGUUAAAGAAGGCCGCCCUGAGGGACACCACCUACCUAAUUCAGAUAGCUGAUGACCAGGGAUACCCACAGCUCUCUGUCGACCUAAAUGGCCCAGAAGGCACCCUGUCAUUGAGAGCCAGAGGGGAAGACCCUGCAGCUGACCCGCCGAGCUGCGUUUUCGCUAACGAGGGCGUGAAGUCUCUGAUGGAUCUCCGCUGGCACAAGGUGGCCCUCAGUGUGCAGCGAGAAUCUGCCUCCCUUCACGUGGAUUGCAGCUCCACCGAGACGAAAGCCCUGGAGCCUCGCAGGAGAUUCAACACCGAUGGACAUACUCUACUGGGAAUUAGAGCUUCAGAUGCCGGGCCUGCACUGAUGGACGUUCAGCAGGUGACGCUGUACUGCGAUCCAUCCCUGGCCGGUCUGGAAGCCUGCUGUGAGAUACCAGGAGCUCGGUGUCCACCGGAUGCCUCCAAGAGCCGACGGGCUGCAGAGAAUGACUUGUCGGAAAACUCUUUUAACCAGGAAUUCUUCUCAUCCAAGGAUCUGGCUGAACAAGUCUUAACUCUUGCAAGAGUUUCUGGGCUCAAAGGAGAAAAAGGCGACCGGGGUGAUGGCUGUUCUGGCACACAUUCAGGUCCAUGUACUGAAGGACCCAAGGGCCAGAAGGGGGAGAGAGGAGAGAUGGUGCUGCCUGCCAACUGGGGCGAAGCAGUUCAAAUUCAGGGAGUAAAAGGCCAGAAGGGAGAGAUUGGGCUGCAGGGCCUUACAGGCACUCCAGGGUUGGACGGUCGAGCAGGCACCAUCUGCGUCGUGGGCCCCAAGGGACAGAAGGGCGCCUACGGUUCAGUGGGUCCUGAAGGCUUGGCUGGGGAGCCAGGGAAGCCCGGACGUCCUGGCCUACCCGGGAUUGGAAUUCCAGGUCCACCAGGCCUUCCUGGUGAGCCUGGGGGUGCAAAAGGAGACAAGGGGGACGUUGGACCUCCUGGAGACAAAUUGCCCGGAGAUCCAGGACCGAGAGGACCAGCAGGGCCGAAAGGAGCAAAGGGUGACCCAUGCGAAGUGUGCCCCUCGCAGCCAGCUGAUAUCGGCAACACCGUAGCUUUGCAGGGUAUGCCGGCCCAGAAAGGAGAACCCGGGUUACCAGGCAUUGGAGAGAGAGGACCACCUGGACUUAGGGGCACGGAUGGCAAGGCCGGACAGAAGGGACAACCUGGAUCAGAUGGCACGAAAGGCGAAAAGGGUGACUCCUGCUCUGCGUGCCCCACCCUGGGAGAGUUACCCCCGAACCCGGUCCCAGGUGUCCUGAGUCAAACCCUACAGGUAAAGGGUCAAAAAGGAGAAGCAGGCUUUGGCGUUAAAGGAGAGCAGGGAGAGGCAGGAAAUGCAGGACCACCUGGCCCAAGCGGGGAGAAGGGUAAUGCAGGGCGAAGAGGAGCUGAUGGUAAACCGGGGAAACUCGGGCCGAGAGGAUCUGCUGGAAAGAACGGAGAGAAAGGCGAAAAGGGAGAGACAGGAAUUCCUGGUCUCAGUCUUCCUGGCCAAAAAGGAGAACGAGGCGAGUGUGGUGUGUGCCAACCGUACGAGGUCGGCAGCGGACCGGCCAGCAUCAAAAUACCCGAGGGCUCCCGAGGCAACCUGGGCGAGCCAGGCCCUCCGGGUAACCCUGGACCUCCCGGGCUCGGGGCGGAUGGCAAACAGGGCCUCCCAGGUUUUGAUGGAGAGAAAGGAGAUAAGGGUGACCAAGGAGACCAAGGAGAUAAAGGCGUUAAUGGCGCUCCUGGAGUCCCAGGUCUGCCUGGAGAGCCUGGAAGAGAUGGACCAAUAGGCUUAAAGGGAGAGAAGGGCGACGCUUGUACCAGCUGUUCGUCUCUUGGCACUGCGGCGGGUGACGGUCUAGCCGUGCCCGGGCCAAAGGGUGAGAGAGGAGAGCCCGGCCCCCAAGGACAAGGGAAGGCCGGCAGGAAUGGUAAACCAGGAUUAGCAGGUCCACAGGGGCCUCCUGGUAUCAAAGGGAGCAAGGGCGAAUCUGGACCUGCAGGUGUUGGACUUCCUGGUCUUCAAGGUGUUGAGGGACCAAGAGGACUUCCGGGUCUUGUUGGACCUCCUGGUUCAAUCGGAUUACCAGGCCCUGCUGGUCCUCCCGGGGAACAGGGCAUGAGUGGGGCUGUGGGACCUCCAGGGCCGCAGGGGCCAAUUGGCAUCGGCAUAAGAGGGCCCCCAGGUAGAGACGGAGCCCCCGGCUCUCAUGGGUUGCCAGGAGCUGAUGGAAGACAUGGAGUUGAUGGACCUAAGGGGGACAAGGGCGAGGCUGGAGAGUGCAACUGUGUCAUGCCAAUGCACACAGGCGUAGGUGGACCAGGAGCUCCAGGAGCUGUAAUAAGCCCAUGGCAGCCUGGUCCUCAGGGACCUCCGGGACCUCCAGGCCCCCCUGGUCCACCAGGUCCCCAAGGUUUCGAUGGAGAGCAAGGACCACAGGGUGUCGCUGGAAAUGACGGGAAACCGGGUUUGCCAGGAUUCUUUUUGCAGAAAGCUGACCUGCAGAUGCUGCCUCAGGAUGCCUCUGAAGAAGAUAAGACAUGUGUCGGGGACUGUUCUCAAGGGAUGCCCGGGGUUCCAGGCAUGGCAGGAGCCAAAGGAGAAAAGGGAGACCAGGGCAAGCCUGGUGUCACCCCUGUGGAAAACUGUGAUAGUUGUGCAGAAAAACUGCAGGCAACACAAGCAAGGGAUGACUGUAGCUGCACGGGACAACCUGGAGUCCCGGGACAACCUGGAUCCCAGGGAACACGUGGGGAGCCUGGCAUACCAGGAGAGCGAGGACCUGCUGGAACUCCAGGAAUCAUGGGACCACCAGGUUUCCAAGGACCCCAAGGCCCAUCCGGUUCAUCUGGUCAACCAGGUGAGCAAGGGCCAUCAGGACCAGCUGGACUCAAGGGCGAACAGGGCCUUUCAGGGACUCCUGGGUAUCCAGGUUCCAUGGGGCCUCCUGGAAUGCCUGGAUUGAAGGGUGAGCGCGGGAGCCCAGGAAGCGGCGGUGAGAAAGGAGAAGCGGGUCCUGCUGGUCCCCCCGGGUACCAAGGACAGGCGGGCGCAGCAGGAGGUAAAGGAGACCCCGGACCAGCAGGACCUGAUGGAUCAAAGGGAGAUCAGGGCUUUCAAGGACCACCAGGGUUCCCAGGACUUCCAGGUGCACCAGGUGUCGUUGGCAAAACAGGACGGGAAGGAUCCCCAGGCGUCAAGGGUGAAAAGGGCAAUGAUGGUAGCCAAGGUUCUCAAGGACCAACAGGACCUUCAGGCUCGCCGGGUUCCCCAGGACUGAUGGGUCCUCCCGGUAUAGAAGGAAUAGAUGGCAAAGAUGGAAAGCCAGGACUUCGGGGAGAGGCGGGUCCCCCAGGUCCUGUGGGUCCACGAGGAAUCCCAGGAUUUAAAGGCAAAACCGGCCACACAGGCUUCCCAGGACAGAAGGGUGAUGUCGGACCUUCAGGUCCACCCGGAUCGCCUGGUAGACCAGGACAUGAGGGGGAUCCCGGUACACCAGGAGCCCUGGGACGACCUGGACCAUCUGGCAACGUCGGUUCUCCGGGUCCAGCUGGACCCCCAGGACCUCCUGGUCCGUCGGGAGUGGGUGUAAAGGGAGACAAAGGUCAGGCAGGAGACAGAGGUCUGCCAGGAAUGUCUGGUGCCCCAGGCACACCUGGUCACCCAGGACUUAUGGGGGAGCCAGGCAAUGACGGUUCUCCUGGUAAAGAUGGGUUGGUAGGCCUGCCAGGGGGAAACGGGCAGACAGGCCAAAAGGGUGAGCCAGGGGCUACGGGUCAAAGAGGACCAGCAGGGGAGAGAGGCAGACCGGGGCCCCCUGGUGGAGGUGUAGGAUAUCACUCCAAGGACGCACAACCCAUGAUCGGCCCAGUCGGACCCAGAGGCGAGAGAGGAAGCCCUGGCUCGGACGGUUCACCCGGACCACCCGGAUCUCCUGGGAUCCCAGGAAACGAAGCGGUGGUCAAUUAUGACGAAGUCAAGAAUUUCAUCCGCCAGCAGGUCAUCAAAAUAUUUGAUGAGAGAAUGGCCUACUACAUGUCUCGCAGACCUGUAGAAACGGUGGCAUCUCCCGGUCGCCCCGGACCUCCAGGGAAAGACGGCAUUCCGGGUAAUCCCGGAGCGCCCGGCACACCUGGAUUCCCCGGGCAUAUCGGUCGCCAAGGACGGUCCGGACCCCAAGGACCAGCUGGACCGAGUGGACCGGCGGGGCCUAAGGGAGAUAAAGGGCUGGGGGAGAUGGGAGACACAGGACCACCAGGAGCACCAGGUGUCCCAGGACCCCCAGGCUACGGUAAAAUGGGACCGCCGGGUCCAGUGGGCCAGCAGGGCGUCCCCGGAAUCCCAGGCACACCCGGACAGGCCGGCUCCAAGGGAAACGACGGCCGGUGUAAUCCUUCGGACUGCAUGAACCGCCAAGUAGAAUACAACCAGAAGGGCCCAUCUGUCAAGGGCCCCUGGUAGAUGAGAGGCAGGCAAAAAGCAGAGGUAGGAGGGACUAAAGAGGGUGGCAAGCUAAAGACACAAAGGGCCUGAUCUACUAAGACUACGUGCAAAAGUGGUGCAGACCAGGGAGACACUCAUUUACUAAAUAUUGUUUGCUUUUGGACCAGAUGUUCCUCCGAGGGAAUUUAAGUUGCUGGUCAAUCCCAGGUUCUUUCAAUGACACAUAAACUGAUUUUAAAUGAUAACCCAGAACAGAUUGGUAUUUUGCAAUUUAUUCCAAAGCUUUGGAGAGACCAACCUAAAAAAACAACAAAUUCAAUUUGCGUCGCCUAGUUGAUCUGAAAACCCUACGGACGCGUUGUCUUCUUUGAUAUCUCCCCCGCCCACACAAAUUCACUUAUCUGUUGUUCUGCUAAGCCUGGGACGGGAAGAGAUAAGAAGAGAGUAUGGCUACUCCUUUCAAGGUUAACACACACAGUUUACUAGCGGACAACCAAAAAGAGAACAAAGGGAAAAACACUAGCUGUUUUCAAAUAUGACUAUGAAUAUAAAGAAAUAACUCUUAAAUAUGGAUAUAUGUAGAUAUCUAUCGCCGUCAAUAUCCAUGUAUGUUUUGUUAUGUUUUGAAACAUGCAGCACACAUAAGCUGUAACACUUUUCUGCCAUAUGGAAUCGGGGGCGGCGUGGUUCAUUGAGGGGUUCCCGUUUCAAUCCCCGGCUUCCGCCAUCCUACUCAUGUCCGUUGUGCCCUUGAACGAGACCCUUCACCCUUGCUCCUGAUAAUGGUUAGGGCCAUUUUAGCUUCCUUACGUUACAAUAGCGCGUACAUAUUUGAAAACACUUCUACAGUCCUCACACAUGGGACGGUUCAGUAAGUAUGAAUUGUUUUAGUUAUAUUGUAAAACUUACAAACGUUGUUUGGAGUGAUUAAUGAAGAAUCCAUACAAGUGGAUGGCAGCUCCCACCAUCAGUGUGUGAAUGGGUGAAUUUGGAAAUAGUCUCAAAGGUAGAAAAGCGCUAUACAAGUAUAACCCCAUUGGCCAUGUUUUAGCAUGCCGUAGGUACGCUCUGGGAGAUUUCAACCCCGACAAUAAUGGUGUCAAUGCUUUAAUGAUCCAGUUGCAAGAAAAUGCAUGUUGCAACAACUUUCUAAGAAUAAUUUAACCCCAGAAGGGAAGUCUUAAAAGGCUUGACCUCCAAGUCGAUCCGAUCCAAAAUGUUUUAGAGCAAAAAGUAAACAAAAUAACUUUUUGACAGUUAUCUCACUAAAUAUAUAAUUUAGGAAUGUUGUAAUGUUGCAUGUGUGGUAUAAAAUGUUACACACAUUCUUCUCAGCAAAAUAAAGUGUUUAGUGCACAAUAAGUCAACAAAAUCAAAAACUAUUGGCUUCCAUUUAAAUUAUUUGUUUCCAAACGGUGUCUGUAUCAAGGGAGUAAAACGGCCGAUCAAACAAAACAGAAGUCAUCGUCAUGAACCUACUAGCUGCGAAAGCGAACUAUCCAAUCAGCUAAACAGACUCAAUAACUCCACUGUGACGUUUUGGGGAAUUUACUGAGGAAUUUGUGAAACUGAAACAAUACAAAAAGAAUGUCAUUGUAAGUUAAUAAAACUAACACGGACACUCAAACAUCUCAGCUUAUUAGUUAAUGCUAACAAUGUCAGCGUCAUUACGUUACAAUAGCACGUACAAAGUCUUCCUGUAUCGAAUACAUAUUCCUUAAGUUUGUAAACAAUAACAAAAAACACCCACAACUUAUUUUGUUGAAUAAUAAGUGCCAAAUAGAGAGAAUAUCCAUCUACAGGUAAUUGCUUUUUGUACUGUUCAUAUACUGAUACCAUACUAGGUAUCAGUCUUAAUAAAUCACACUGCGAGCGCUAAAUGAUUGUAUUUGCAUGUAUUAUUGUGAUGAUCAGCAUACAUUCUGCAGGUCAAAUCCUAUUUUGCUCACUUAAGAGACCCAAUACUCUGCACAUGAACUUAGUUGGGCGGCGUGCAUCAAGUUUGAACGUUUUAAUAAAAAAGCUUUAGUAGAUCAGGCCCUAAUUUCCUUUGUUGUUCAAAAACACUUUUAUUUUAGCGUCCCUCGCCUCACGUCCCCAUGCCCCCGCACAUCAGAAGUAUAUUUUUUAUUGCAUCAUUCUUUUUUCCCCCCUUUCUAUAAAUUCCAUUUCCAUGCCUUAGUGUUGCUUGUUGUUCUGCCUCCACGCCCCCCCCCCAUCCUCCCCCUCCUGUUUCCUGGAGGUGAAACGGCGCACAAUGUUUUCAUUUUUCAAUUUUCUUUAUCAAGUUGAGGAAGCAGAAAGUCCCUUCAGCACUUUGUUGGGCUGUCUGAGAUCUUUCUUUUCCUCUCCAAACACCCCAGUGCUUCCAAUGCAUCCACAAUAGCGCAGUGCUUAGAAGUGAUUUGUAUAUAUUUGUAUUUAUAUAUAGCAGCGUUUUACAAACAUUUUUUAUUAUCCACUUAGAAAGAUUCAUCCUAAAAGGAAAGCUGAAUUAAGUUCUGUAACUUUUUUGGGAUAUACUUUAAGCAGGCGUUGAAAUUAAAGCCUUUAAAUUCCCACCAAAUGAUCCCCAUUGUUGCCUUAAGGAACUCUUAUGUUUUAAAGGGGCUGUAAAAUGUUACCCUUUUCCACAAACUCACCAUACGUCUGUGUAUAUGUUGUUUAAGGCCAUUGCUGUGCAACCCUGCCAUGUUUUUGCCGUGUGUUGUUAUAUGAGGGAAAGAAAGAACUUUGAAUGCAAA